AUGGAGAAAGUCGACGCUCAUUCGCCGCCCGAGACUUGCCAACUCAUGACUCAAUCAGGCAUCGCUAAAGCCAAACUCCCAUGGGCAGACCUCAUCAUCAAGUCCUUUUUCGGUGGCAUCUUUAUCUCACUCGGAUCACUAUUCGACCUUGUCGUCGCAGGUGGAGCGCCAGGUCUGCGCGAAUCGAACCCUUCUCUCAUCACCCUUCUGGCCGCCUUCACAUUCCCCAUCGGGUUUGUUCUUGUCAUUCUCACAAACUUCGAACUGGUGACGAGCAACAUGACCGUUAUGAUGUACACAACCUUGCAGAGAAAGACGAGUCUAGAGUUCAACAUCAAUUGGUGGUUUAACUUCACGAGAGGGAUCGGCUGCAAUUGGCUCGUAGGCUUGGCGGUGUAUCUUGCCACGAGUAGCAAGGACAACUUCUCCAAGAUCGUUGGUAUCUGGAUCCCCAUCUGGGCAUUCGUGGCACUGGGCUACCAGCACUCCGUGGCCAAUUUCUUCCUCGUCCCCAUUGGAAUGUUUUACGGCACAAACUUUGGUGUUGACUGGGCAACCUCUACCAAUUUUGUGGAAGAUAAUUAA